UUGGGUUAUAAUAUAUUUUAAAAAUGGAGUCAAUGGGAGAUGAGGUGAAGAAGUUGUGUUCUAGAGAGCUGAGAACUUAUCUUGAUGAGUGAGAUCUUCUUAAUGAAGUAGCUGAAAGAUGUCAUGUAGAGUUUGGAACACAAAGAAUUGAUUCAAAGUGGGUGUUUAGAUUUGUAUUUAAAGAUCCAAGGAGUAAUAAGAGUAACUCGAAGCAAUUAUCAAAAGCUAAGAAGCUUACAAGAUUGAAUAAAAGAUUACCUUUGGCGACAUCUUUAGUUUUGCAUUUAUUUGGGCAAAGGACUAAUGUUAUGACCUAUUCUCUGUUAAAAACUUGCUUCAGAGAUUACUCGAUACAUUCAUAUCGAAAAUCAGAUAGAAAUAUGACUAGCUUGAAUUUAAUUAAUACUCUGAUAGACCCUUUGUCGGAUCUAAGGAUGAACUUUAUGUUGUUCUCUAAGCCAGUUCUGAGGAUAGCUCCAUACCUGACUAAGAUGCUUAGAUUAUCCGGAUUUGAAUUUACAAAUAAAUCUCUUAUGAAAAUCAUUAUGCUCAGCAAUAAAUGUCAAUCUCUGUAUUUUCAUAUUUGAAAUGUUCCAACAAGUGGAUUAAAGCUACCAAAAGAAAUUAAAUCUAAUCUUGAUAUUAUCGAGUUCGAGGACAUAAACUUGAACAUGUCUCUUACUUCUUCAGAGCUCAAUGAAACGAUAAGAUCCAUUAUGAAAGCUCUCUUCAACACCUCCCUGUGCGAUACAGUAGAUAGAAUUACUGUAACUACUCACUUUGGUCUGGAUUGGAAGGCAUGAGAGAAUGAAUUGAAUGUGAGUCAGAGAGAUCUAGAUGUGUAUAAUAAAGGUCCAUUUAUUAUAAUUUCAGCUUUGAAAUAA